GUGUGAUAGCCAUUAGCCCAAUAGAGGUGUCUACAUCUAAAAGUCUAGAGAGAGAGUGUGAGAAUGUGGUGCCAGCGAUGAAGUAGAAGGAUCAAAGCUUUCUCUCAGGUCAAAGCUGGCAUUUGUUGUUUAAAGCCCUUCUCCUCCUCUUCUCUCCUAUUUACACCUAUUUCUCUCUCUCCCCCUCUCUCCUCUUCUCUUCAUCUCUCUCUCUCUCUCUCAGAUUCAAAUCCCGGCCCUCCACCGGCCGUGGGAGGUGAGAUUUCUGCUUUUGAAUAUUUGAUGUUUUUAACCCACAUUUAAUCUCACUCGCCACACACUCUAAGCGGGGCCGAGACAUAGAGAGGAUAGAAAGUUGUUAAUGGUUGAUUCUUGCAAUACAUCCAUGGCUGUUGCAACUCCGUCUAUCGUCGGCGGAGAGAAGAAACACUGGUGGCUCACCAAUAGAAAGAUGGUGGAGAGAUACGUGAGGGAAGCGAAGAUGCUGAUUGCGACGCAAGAUAAGAGCGAGAUUGCGGCGGCUUUGGGGAUCUUGGAGGCGGCGCUUUCUAUGGCGCCGCGCAUGGAGGUGGCGCUUGAGCUGAAGGCUCGCUGUUUGCUGCAUCUCAGGCGGUUUAAGGAGGUGGCUGAUAUGCUGCAGGACUAUAUUCCCAGCUUGAAAAUGGUGAACUCGGACGACACGUCGUCGUCAGGGUCAUCGGAUAACUCAUCGACCCAGCUAGCAAGGGAGCGAGUCAAGCUUCUGUCCUCCGCUGGUGAGUGCGAGCCGGCGUUCAAGUGUUUUUCUGUGUCGGAUUUGAAAAAGAAGGUGAUGGCUGGACUGUGUAAAAACGUGGAGAAAGAAGGGCAAUGGAGGUACUCAGUUUUGGGCCAAGCGUGCUGCCACUUGGGCUUAAUGGAGGACGCCAUGGUCCUCCUCCAGACCGGUAAACGCCUAGCCACCGCCGCAUUCCGUCGUGAAAGCAUUUCCCUGUCCGAUGACAUCUUUUCCUUCAAUAAAUUCCCGCUGUCCGGUGAAUAUCCCACCAACAACCAGCCUCAAACCCCUCCAAAGACCGAGUCCGAGAGCAUCUCCCACCUCCUCUGCCACAUCAAACUCCUUAUCCGCCGAAAGACUGCCGCAAUCGCCGCCCUCGACGCUGGUCUCUACUCCGAAGCCAUCAGGCAUUUCUCCAAAAUCCUCGAUGGCCGCCGCGGGGCUCCUCAGGGAUUUUUGUCCGAGUGUUAUGUGCACCGUGCAUCAGCCUAUCGAUCCGCUGGACGAGUAGCGGAGGCAAUAGCGGAUUGCAAUAGGGCUCUAGCAUUAGACACUUCCUGCAUUGAAGCCCUUGCAGUAAGAGCGACUCUGUUUGAAACCAUAAGAUGUUUGCCUGAUAGUCUUCACGAUCUGGAGCAUCUGAAACUGUUAUAUAAUUCAAUGUUGCGAGAUAGGAAAUUGCCCGGACCUGUUUGGAAGCGACAAAAUGUUCAAUACAGGGAAAUCCCGGGGAAGCUGUGUUCCUUGGCAGCCAAAAUCCAGCAGUUAAAGCAAAGGGUUGCUGCUGGUGAAACUGGAAAUGUGGAUUACUAUGCAUUGAUCGGAUUGAGAAGAGGGUGUUCCAGAUCAGAACUAGAAAGAGCACAUUUGCUGUUGACGCUGAAACACAAACCCGAUAAAUCUUCGAGUUUCAUCGAGAGGUGCGAGUUUGCUGAUGAGAAGGACGUGGAUUCAGUAAGAGAUCGGGCAAGAAUGUCUUCGUUACUGCUGUACAGAUUGAUACAGAAGGGAUACACAAGUGUGAUGGGCACGAUUUUGGAUGAAGAGGCAGCCGAGAAGCAACGGAAGAAGGCGGCAGCAGCUUUGCAGGCUGCAAAUCAAAUCCAACAACAGGUUGUUGAGCAACCAUCUGCUGCCGCCAGGGUUGAGCCAAUUCGGGCUGCAGCAGCCGUUUCAGAAGUCCGGGGGGAUGGUAGUAGUAAUAAGAGAAUAGAGAACAAGCCCAUCAUCACAACUCCACCAGCAUCAGUUUUUCAAGGAGUAUUUUGCAGGGACCUUGCAGUUGUUGGGAAUUUGCUUUCUCAGGCAGGGUUCAAUCGUCCAAUUCCAGUAAAAUAUGAAGCACUGAGCUGUUGAUUAAUGGCGUAAAAAAGAUAGAAUAAUAUGGGCGUGAAUAGGGAGGUGCAACUUGGUUUUGAAUGUUAAUAGACCGGCGGGAGAAUCUGAUUCAGGGGGGGCGAUAUUAUGUACAAAUUGGUAAAAAACUUGUAGCAAUACCGCUGGGGGAAAAAUUUUGUCAUGUGUUUAUUUCUGUUUUCCUGGCUUGUUUUAUUUAUUUUCUAUUUUGGUACCUGUACAGAUCUUUUAUUUAAAUUGCGGUACUUGAGCCCUUUUCUCCUC